AUGGGCGAGAUCGAUCCCGCGCACGCAACUCCGCACGCGGUAUCAUGCUUACAUCGCAGAGUUCCAGCACUGUCUUCAUCCGAUAGCCAGUUCGUCGAGGAUACAAUCGGGUCUUUAUUCCCACGACUUGAAGAAAACCAGAGAGAUGCCCUGCUCUCGAGGGUGCUACAAUGCUCAAGGAUCCUGUCGUUAGAAACGUUUUUCGCGGACAUCAUUUACUUGGAAGUCUGUUACAGCUCACUGCGGGUCAUGCUCCCAGCGGGUCGCGAAUGUGUGUCCAAAGGAGUUCAAUCAGCGUUUCGACGUCUCUACACCUCGGGGUCAUCAGACUUCGAGCACUCAUAUCUCAAGCUUGGGCUGUAUUGGAUGCGACACUUCCCUGAGAUGUCUGACAAUAAGGCUUGUCAGCCACGACAGCAGGGUAAAGGGAACAGGUACCACAAAGUGAGAGUACAUGAUGGCAGGACGGCGGCCUUCCUUGCGUAUGCAAGCUCAUUGGGCUUCGACACAUCCUACGCGCCCUCUUUGGUUGCAGAGCCCUCUCCAGAUACCGAGGAGGCCUCUUCUUCUCCACCGCUCAGUACUGACGCCGCAGAUCUACCGCUUAACGCCCGGUGUAAUAGACCGUACUGGCACAGCUAUCUGUCGGAUCGGAAGUAUGCUUUCAUAUCCCACAUGACAGCAACACGAAGCGCAGAGAAGCGUAGGUAUGUGACAUCCUUCGCCAUCGCCAAGGAUAUCGUAGAACGAUUCUGGCCAUGCGGAGUCAUCCGAAAUACAUCAGCGAGUACACUCGAGGAUGGUGUGGAAAGCGGCGAACCGAUUGUAUCGGCAAGGGACGAGACGGGUCCCAGCAGAUUGGCAACAACCACAACAAUCAUUGCUCAGGGCCUCAACUCUGGCAGGCCUUCGACUUCCACACCACCGCCGGGUAUCAUCAUCACACAGCCACCAAACCAGACCGACGCUCUCCGAUCAUAUGAAGCGGACGGUACUUCUCCCUUCAGAGAGUUGCGGCCACCUCUCACUUCGAGACUGACAUCCAGUCCCACACCACGUAGCAUGUUGCCCCUCCAAGGGGCUAGUACGGCCCUCGUCAGACGCAGGGAUGAGGUGGAAGACGAUCUUGAGGCCCGCGAGAGAGCACUUCGGCCGCCUUCCUCGAUCUACUCUAGUCAGGAUGUCACUGGUAGAACGCUCAACGACGAAGUGACGACAGCCCUCGCAAACCUUAGACAGGGCGGCCCUCGGUGGGCAAUACUCGGCAUUGCCACUGAUAUUCGGUACGGCUCCGAUGGCGCAGAGCUUGAGCGAAUCCUUAUCCACCACUCCAUCACGGGUGCGAAUGCGUUGCAUUUGUGCCAGUCCACAGGGUCUUCACGACUUAUCAGUCCGAGCGUAGUUCAGUCGACAAGCGAAUCCUACGAUCGUGUAUACCUAGUCUCUCCCAAGAUACCAUCAAGCUGGCAGCCUACAUCAACGACGUAUCGCGCACGUCCACUUGCUAUCCAUUUCCCAGGUGCAAGUGCUAUCCUGUCACUUUUCAUGGAACCUACUGGAGAUUCGCGAAGGAAGAGGAUUUCGGUAUUCAAUAGCCGUGACGCUGUGUUGUUUGAGGGCCUUACUUCCAUGAGAGCAACGUACUGUCGAAAUUUUGAGUUCGCUGGUCGACUCGCGGGACAGCAGGUCCCGAGCACCCUUGACCCUAUGCCUUCUGAUCGAAGCCGACCAAGGCCCGGUCUGACAAUUGUAGUCCCGCCGCCGGGCCCAGUACCCCCGCCCCCUGCUUUCCGGUCCGGGUCACAAGGUCGAGAGAACCUUGCAAAUGCAGUGCAAAAUCCAUACGUGGUUCCCACUUCCAAGACAUUGGGUCAUAGCAUUGUGGUAACUCGCAAGUCUGUCUGGACAAUCUACGACCCUAUUGUCGCUCGUAGCAACCAAGGUCACUGUAAGCAAGGAUUUGCAAUAGUGAGCCGCAGGAGGAAGUUGCAGAGAGGGAUAGCCGAGGGCGACGUGGUGGUGAAGGCUCAGCGUCUGACGUUGCCAGCUAGUGUCAAGCACUUCAUGAAGCCGAGGUGCCCUGAGCUGGUGGACCUUUAUGCAGCUUUCUACCAUGGGGACACGCUAUGGCUAUUGUAUGAAGAGAUGGAGAUAUCGCUCGAACAAGUCCUUGCCCUCGAUCACAGCCCUUGGGCGAUCAACCCAGACCAGCAACAUCCGCAGAUUAGCGCGAUCAGCCUACAAGUACGUGGGUGCACAAGCUAUAAUCUUUCGGUUGAGAUGCUGACCAUGAAGCUCUUGCGUGGCAUUGACUACGUGAAGAAGUUUUACGGACGAUCGUAUGGCGAGCUCGUUCCGGAAAACAUCUUAUUGAAUCGCUCUGGGGCUGUCAAGCUGGCGAACAUCGGCGUCGUGAUUUUGCGCGAUACCCCUUUGGAAGAAACCAAUGACAUGCAAGCCUUUGCAGCGAUCCUGAUUCGACUACUACUGCCGGUUGAGCCCAAGACCAGCGAGACUUUGUCACGACUCGACCCACGAGCUUUCGACUUUUAUACAUGCGCCCAACAGCACGAUCUGGAGCUUUUACUUACGCAUGAAUACCUAUCCAUCGCCAAUCCCCAGUCCCUAGCGAAACUCGUCAUGUGGACCAGCCAAUCUGUAUUCAACCCGCCGCUAAAUGUGACUUCGCCUAUGCUUUUCGUCCAGUGA